UUUUUCUUUAUUUUUCUUUUUUUUUUUUUUAUAUCUUAAACAUCGACGAGUGGAUUAUAUAUUAUAUAUAUAUAAAUAUAUAUAUACCGGGCGAUAUUAUAAAGUUGUAUUUUUGUUUCUCAACGAUACGAUGUGAAACGUAAGCAAAGAGAGUUCGAAGACACCGCGGGGGGGAGAGAGAGAGAGAGAGAGAGAGAGAGAGAGAGAGAGAGAGAGAGAGAGAGAGAGAGAAAAGAAAGAGUGAGAUAGAAAGAGAGAGAAAGAGAGAGCAGUGCCAUCCCUCGGAUCAGGAAGCGUUUUCCAAGGCCACGUGGACCACAUUGGGAGCCCCCACAAAAUAUGUGCCAGUAUGUCCGAGAGAGGUAUGCAAGAAGCAGCUUGCGAGGAGAUCGAGAAACAGGCUUCUCUUUACGUAUUCCCGGGAGUUUCUCGUCAGCAACAACAACAGCAACAACAACAACAACAACAACAAUAUCCAGGAAAUACUAUAUCAACCCUACAACUCCCACCAUUAUCAGCACCUACUAUACUUGGUUCCAUGAGAACCAACGAUGUCGGAGAGAUCAAGGAUAUCGAGGAUCCUUCAUCUCGAUUAAGAAGAAGACCAUAUUCAAAGACCCAUACAAGAUCAGCCAGUCAUGGUGGUGUCCUGGCGAGUUCAAGCGUUACGACAAAUCCAAUAACAUAUCAAACAUCAUGGCAAACACCACCCUGGCCAACCGGUGGUGGAUCAUAUUUAGGUCCUUUACCAACGUUAACCGGUCCGAUCCGACCGUCGGCAUUGAAAAAACCAGGACAUCAGAGAGCAUUCAGUCAAGGACAGGUUGUAGAUGUUCAAAGUCAACUUCCUGUUUCGGGGCACAGUCGUGUUGGCUCGAGAACAGAUUUUAUUUUGCCCCCUGGCCACAGAGAGGAAUCACGGCCGUCGACUGCUGGAAAAGUGCCCUCCUUUCGUGGACAUUCCAGGCAAGCCUCCAGAUCGGAAUCAAUUUAUACAAUAAGACGUAGCGCGGCACCGCCAUUAUGGAGAAGAAUUUGGGCACGUUAUUUUGGAUCUUUACCAGAGGAGCCCAGAUUAAGGACCAUCGUACCUAAUCACUUGGUACCACCGCGUACCUCAAAAAGUCAACAUCCAAAUGGAGGAAGGAUGAACAAUAGGAUAAAGACAACGAAAUAUACGAUCCUGAACUUUAUACCACGUAACCUGUUCGAACAGUGCCGACGUAUUGCUAAUUUAUAUUUUAUAUUCAUCGUUCUACUUAAUUGGGUACCAGAUAUCAAUGCAUUUGGAAAGGAAGUGGCAAUAAUACCAGUUGUAUUUGUAUUGGGUGUAACAGCUUUGAAAGAUAUCUUUGAAGAUCGAAGAAGAUCUAUGAGCGAUCGUAGAAUCAACAAUUCAACAUGUCGCGUAUAUGUUGGGGAAGGUGGUAGAUACAUGCAAGUUGCAUGGAAGGAUGUAAAGGUCGGUGACCUGGUACACCUUUCAAACAACGAAGUAGUACCGGCAGAUCUAUUACUUCUCCGUAGCAGUGAUCCUCAGGGUUUAGCUUAUAUCGAUACCUGUAAUUUAGAUGGCGAAACGAAUUUAAAACAGCGACAGGUUGUACGUGGUUUUUUUGAAUUGCAGGAUACAUUUCAACCGGCAAAAUUUCGUUCAAUGCUUGAGGUUGAUCAACCUAGUACUAAAAUAAAUAGGUUUCAUGGUGCUGUAGUACAUCCAAAUGGCGGCAGGGUACCGGUUACAAUUGAGAAUUUAUUACUCAGGGAAUGUUUGUUAAAAAAUACUGACUUUAUUGAAGGUAUUGUGGUCUAUGCUGGACAUGAGACCAAAGCUAUGUUGAAUAAUGGUGGACCAAGGCACAAGCGUUCGCGUUUGGAGAAAAGGAUGAACUGCGACAUAAUAUGGUGUAUGGUAAUAUUGGUAAAAUUGUGCAUGAUCGGUGCAAUUGGUUAUCGAUUAUGGUUAUCGUCCUUUUCAUCGACAAUUUUGAUCCCCUUUCUUCCCGUUUUACAAGAUCCUAAUUACGAGAGUAUGAUUACAUUUUGGACAUUUGUUAUAAUCCUACAAGUUAUGAUACCAUUGAGUUUAUAUGUGACAAUUGAAAUGGCCAAAGUCGGACAGAUAUAUCACAUUGGUCGUGACAGUUUUUUGUACGACAAAGAAACUGGACGUAGAGCUGAAUGUCGUGCUUUGAAUAUUACUGAAGAAUUAGGUCAGGUUCAGUAUAUAUUUUCGGAUAAGACUGGAACAUUGACGGAGAAUAAGAUGUUAUUUAGAAGGUGUGCAGUAGGUGGACAAGAUUAUGCGCAUGAGGGCGAGGGUGAAAAUUUAAUACCUUGUCCAAGAUUAAAAGAAGACUUGUUGAUUGGUACAUUUAGGCAUCGUUUACAAGAGUUCCUUAUCGUAUUGGCAACUUGUAAUACGGUUGUGGUUAAUUCUCAACCGCAUCAUGAUAUUAUGAACUCGAGUGGUCUUAUCGAAGAACCACAUAAAAAUGGUAGUGGACCGACUAGAUACGAGAGAUUGUCCGAGUCAAGAAGCGUGACCCCAUCACCGUCACCCUCUAUACCACCAUUACCAUUGCCUACACCACCAGCAAGUAUAACAGGUGAUAGUUCAUCGCCAAUCUCAUCUAUCAUAGAUUCGGCUGCGGUUCUUAACGAUACACCUAAAUUACAAUCUAAAGUGGUUAGGCCAAAAUUAUUAAACGUAACGUCGAUACCGAGCUUAAGUUUGGGAUUAUUAUCGAGAAAGCAAUCGCCUAAUGGUGGACAAAAGAGACGUAAUAUUUUGAGUCCGAUAUUUGAUAUGAGCGGAAGGUCAGUCGAACAACUGACACCAACGUCAGCAAUUUACGAAGCUGAAAGUCCUGAUGAGUUGGCAUUGGUCAAUGCAGCAAGAGCAUACGAUGUUAAAUUACUUAAACGUACACCUCGCAAUACUAUAAUUUCAUUGCCUGACAAGUCGAUUCUAAGUUAUGAGAUUUUAUAUGUUUUGCCAUUCGAUUCCAGCAGGAAGUGUAUGUCAGUUGUCGUACGUCAUCCAUUAACCGGUGAAAUCAUUUUGUAUAGCAAGGGAGCAGAUACUACGGUGUUAGCGUCAUUGACAUCAAGCGAUGAAAAUUCUAUGACCUCGGCUAAGAUCAGGCAACAAUUAAAUUCUUAUGCCCGUCAAGGUCUUCGCACAUUGGUAAUGGCAAGAAGAUCAUUGACCCAACAAGAAUAUGAAACAUGGCAUGAGAAACAUUUGGAAGCGGAAUUGGCCAUUGAAAAUCGUGAACGUCGUAUACGAGACUCUUAUGCCAGUUUGGAAAAUCAUAUGACGUUGUUAGGUGCAACCGGGAUCGAAGAUAAAUUGCAACCUGGUGUACCGGAAACUAUCACCGCUCUUGUUAAAGCUGGAAUAGUAGUUUGGGUUCUAACAGGUGAUAAGCCAGAAACAGCGGUGAAUGUUGCUUACUCAGCAGGUUUAUUUUCUCCGGCAAUGCAACUUUUGCAAUUACAAACGAGAUCGAAAUCUGUCGCGGAAACUUUAAUCCGUGGUUAUUUGGAAUCAGCCAAAAGGGAUAAUAUAAUGAACGAUGGCGUUGAUAAUCGUAAUGAGGAUGGUAUAGCUAUGUAUAGUUAUGAUUUAACGGAAAGGGAUGCUCAUAGGAUAGGUAGUCCAUGGCCAAGGAAACGUGCACUUGUAGUUGAUGGUAAAACGUUGACGGUCAUACUAGAUCCAAGAUCUGGUUUAACAGGUCCUUUCCUUGAAUUAACAAGAACCUGUUCCAGUGUACUUGCUUGCAGAGCUACGCCCCUACAAAAGGCUUAUAUAGUACGUAUAGUGAAAGAACAAUUAAGAAUGAGAACGUUGGCUAUAGGCGAUGGUGCUAAUGACGUGAGCAUGAUACAAACAGCCGAUGUUGGUGUUGGUAUAUCCGGUCAAGAAGGUAGACAAGCGGUUAUGGCCGCUGAUUUUGCUAUUUGCAGAUUUUACAUGUUAAAUAGACUUUUACUGUUACAUGGACAUUGGUGUUACGAUAGAUUGUCCAGAAUGAUAUUGUAUUUUUUUUAUAAAAAUGCCACUUUCGUAUUCCUCAUAUUUUGGUUCCAGUUUUACUGUGGUUUCUCCGGUGCGGUAAUGAUAGACCAAAUUUAUCUGAUGUUGUACAACCUGUUGUUCAUUUCUCUACCACCUCUUGUACUAGGCGUAUACGAUCGAAUAACCACACCGAAUAUUUUACUUUCUAUGCCGGAACUUUAUAAAAGGGGACGAUUGGGUUUAGUUUAUCGGCCGAUCUCCUUUUGGAUCACUAUAGCCGACGCCUUUUACGAGAGCAUCGUCAUAUUUUUUACCAUCUUCAUAACGUAUUACGAUACAACCGUUGAUAUAUGGGAAUUUGGAACGACCAUAACUACAGCGUGCAUUUUUUCAAUGCUAUUACAUGUAUCGAUAGAAACAAGAUCUUGGACGAUAAUUCAUGUUCUCGCUAUAAUGGGAUCGCUCUUCAUUUACAUGGGAUUCUGUUUAAUAUACAAUGCCAUUUGUAUUAAUUGUAUGGGUUUACCGGGUUCAUUUUGGAUAAUGGAAAUGGCGAUUAGAAGGCAUACUUAUUGGCUUUCUGUGAUAUUAACGACAGUACUAGCCGCACUACCGAGAUUGGCGUAUAGAAGUGCGAGAUCAACAUUGGUACCUGAUAUGAUACAACGUGCAACUAUUGCGGUUUCGAAAACUCAGGGACGUAGAGAGAGAAUGAUUGAAAGGGGCAAUUCAAGUUUUAUCACCGAUUGGCCAAGUUCGACGCAGGUUCGGAAUACCACCGCCAGGCCAAGGAGUUAUGGGAAUCAGAACGACGUAUUAACGACCAUCGUUGCGUGACAAGAAAUUUCGAAUAUAAACAACAUUUCGAAGACUCUUGAUUACAUUACGUUGAUAAUAACUGCCAAGACGGAUGGGACUAUCCAUAAUAAUUGUUCUUUCGUAUUUUCAAAAUGGGAACAUUGAAAAUUUCUUAUCUAUCUGCUUGUUGCUCCGCUACCAGAAGAAGAAGAAGACAAGGAAGAAGAAGAAGAAGAAGAAGAAGAAGAAGAA